AUGGGUUUUGUAUUCGACAAGGUGACCAGUGUCUGGUCGAAACCUGCUGCUAGACCAGCCCCACUCUUUAUGAGCCAGAGCUGGAGCCAAAAAAGAGCCUCAAAGAAUGAGGUAGUGGUAGUUUCGGAUCUGGAUAGUCUGGAAGAGGAUGAUUAUCUGGAGGAAGAUGUAGAAGCUGAAUAUGAUGAGCAUAAUUAA